AUGUAGUUGUAAUAAAACAACUAGUUCAUCUAAUUUGCAAGAUAAUUGUUAGAACAACAAUCUUCAUCAAGUCCAGAAAUGGAUGAACAUAAAGACUCUUCUUUAGACAUGAGUUAGUUAAUUAAGUUGUAACACACUAUUCCUGACAAUAUAUUAAUCUCUCCAGAACCUUCAAAAAAGAAAGGUUCCAUCCUUCUACCAUCUGAUGAUCCUUGCAAUUGUAGUAGAUCUGGAUGUAGAAAAAUGUAUUGUGAGUGUCUAGCCAAAGGAAGAUUAUGUUCAUCUUUUUGUAAUUAUCAAAUUUUCUAUUUGAAUAGGCAGAUGUUAAAAUUGCCAAAAUAAGACUUCAAACAAAUUGGUAUUGAAUGUUAUUGAAGAACUUGAUCAAAAUAGAAACCGAAAAAGAUUUAGAUCUAGAAGAUUUAAAGAUGUAAUAUAUUACAUUAAUCAUAGGGUUGUACAUGUUAAAAGUCAAUGUGUUUGAAAAAAUAUUGUGAGUGCUUCAAUUCUGGUAAAAGUUGUGGUUCUGGUUGUAAAUGUGUAAAUUGUGAAAACUAUGUUCUUGAUGAAGCCGAAAAAAUUAUUUGCACACCAAAUUAAAAAAAAACUUCAAAAUUCUCAUCUAAAUUUGAAAGUGCUAAUACUAAUACUAGAUCAGAUUAUUAUGGAUUAGUCUUAGAAAAACUCAAUUUAGAAGAAUUUGAAGAAUCAGAUGACUGUAUAAAUAUAACAUCUAAUAUAUAUAGAGUUGGAUAAGAUGAACACAAUUGUUAUUAUGAUAUUAGGUUAAUUAAUCAUUUGA